AUGGCGAAGGGUGUGCUGCGGCGGAAACCGACACCCUCCGCCCUUCGAAAGAAGAAGGCGCAACAGCGGAUUCGAAAGCAGCUGCGGCGCAGGCAGGAGAAGAAGCGGCCAAGCUGGAAGGCCGCCAUAGCGAAGUCGUACGCCGACGACCCCAAAGCCGGAGGAAAGGCAAAGGAGCCCUUCGGGAAAAAUAAGCGCAAGCGCCCGCGUGACGAUGCCGAGGCCGCCGACGAGGAGGGUGAGGUGCAGAGUGACGUAGACGAGGAGAAGCAGGAGCGCAUGAACCAGCGAGACCCGCUUGAGACGCAGCUGUUCCUCAAGCGGCUGCCGUUAGACACCUCGGAGGAGGAGAUGAUGAAGUUCUUUGCCUCCCGCUUUGGGCAGGUGCGCCGUGUGCUGCUUGUGCGCAACCGGGCGACGAGGACCCUGGCGGGGACGGGGUUUGUCCACUGCGGCUCCGUCGAGCUGGCCGACAAGAUCUUUGGGCACGCGCAGCAGAACGCCCGUGAGCUUGCCGCCGCCGACCGCGCGGACUGGAAGGAGAAGACGACGGAUCUCUCGCACUGCCAGGCGAAACGGAUGCGGUUUAAACUUCGCACCGACGCGUUCAUGUCGCGGGAUCCGUUUUUAACGAUUCGCGAGACACGCUUCACGGUGCACCGCGUGCUGUCGAGAAGCGACUCGCAUGAGGCCUCCGCGGCGCUGCAGAAAAAGCAAAAACGAACAAAGGUGGCCGCCGAUGACCCACGUCACCUGUACCUGCUGCGGGAGGGGCUUAUUCUCCCCGACACCCCCGCCGCGCGGGGCCUGCAUCCGCAGUACCUUGCCAUGAUUGAGCAGGACUACGAGGCCCGCAAGAACCAGCUGCGCAACAGCAACAUGUUUGUCAGCACGACCCGCCUGAAUGUGCGCAACCUGCCACGGACGAUGUCCGAGAAGGAGCUGCGGGCCCUGUUUGCCGCCCAAGUGCGCUCCUUCCUCAAGGCGAACAAGAACUGCGUUGAGAAGGACAAGUGGGGGAAGUACGGCCCGAUCAAAAACGUCAAGUUGGUGAAGGACUCCGCGGGCACCUCGAAGGGGUACGCCUUCAUUGAGUUUGUCAACCACCCCAUAGCCCUGCACGCGCUGCGCACAAUCAACAACAACCCCACCCUCUUCGGGGACAACCGGCGCCUGAUGGUUUCCUUCGCCAUCGAGGACGUCAACGCCAUUCAAAAACUGCAGCGCAUGCGGGAGCUUCGGCGCCAGCAUCAAACCCCGCGUGAAGAAGGGGGGGCAGGCUGA